UGCUGUUUACAUGUGUGGCGGAUAUAACAUUAUAUACAUACUACAAGACUGAUUUAUUGCUGGCAACAUUAUUCAUAUCGGAGCCGAAAUUUCAUCAAAGUCAAAGAUGUACCUGCACAUGCUGUGUACGCCUGCAAAUGACAAUAUAUAAAAGAACUACAGAUAUUUCAGAUCGUUGAAUAUGCAGCUCUACAAUCUUUGUUUAAUCAUAUGGGGUGCGUUUGAAAGCGUUCUGUACAGCAUGUAUAUUUGGCUGGGCUCAACUUUUGGAAAUACUUGAAAGUGAACGAUAUUUCUCGUCUUAUUGUGGAACUGAUGAGGCUGAUGCUAACAAAACUGUAUCACAAUUAAAAGGCAACUCUUCAAAUGGCGACAAUGGCGACGAAACCUGUUCGAGACAAGACAGUCUUCUUAUACUGGCAUAUACAUUAUCUGUGUUUACAUAUUUUGGAUCGAUGUUUUUCAGCGGAAAAUAUUUGGAUAUCUUUGCGUUUAGGAAGACAAGAAUAUUAGCAUGUUUCAUCUUUUUACUGGCGGGUGGAGCGAUGCUCUUGUCAACAUAUGAUCUACAUGAACUUCUCUUUCCUGGUCUUCUCCUUACUGUAAUUGGUGGAGGAUUUUAUACAUCAGUUUUAGUGAAGGUUUGUGGUGUUCUUUCUCAGCGUCGUUAUAUGGCUAUGAGUAUUAUAAAUGGAGGAAUUGAUUCUUCAGCCGUUUCGUGGCUCAUUUUUAAGUUGUGUUUUAAUGCUGGGGUUUCGUUCAGAACCAUUAUCAUCGUUUACUAUGCCUUUGUUUUUGGUCAAGGCAUGUUGUUCACGUUUACGAUAUUUCCUGAAGAUCUGCCGGAUGACACUGAAGAAGAUGUUGGAAGAUAUGAAAACAACGGCUCGAAAACUGAAAAAUAUAUAGAACAUAUAAAAAGUGACAAUGCUUUCACAAUAUCCCGUGAAGUUCAGCAAAACGACACUGAAAGUAUGGAAGAUAAGAAACAUGAUAAGAUUGAAGCCUUGGAGGAAAGUCCAACUACAGGCACAACAAGUCUGUUUUCCAUGAUCAAAAGCCCAAAGUUUAUAAUUCACACAUGUUUUGUUUCUAUCUCCGUUCUACGUUCUACCUCUAUUAUCGGAAUGAUCAACCCUUUGCUCAAACGUCUGACGGAUGACGAAGGAAAAGUCGAUUUAUAUCUCACCAUAUUUGGAAUAAUUCAAUUUUGUGGAUUAUUUUUGUCUUUUGCUCCUGGUUUUCUUCUUGAUUGGGCUCCAGCUGGAAGACAUCGGGACUUUUCUGUCAUUUUAUCUUUCAUACUCACGGGAGUGCUCUCAAUUCUUGUGACCGUUGGUCUACUGAUACCAGUUCUUGAAUUUCAGAUUGUUGUAUUCUUACUUUAUACCGUUCUGAGAUCUUUCUUAUAUUCGACACACGGAUCAUUUAUAAUGAAAGCAUUUCCUUUAUAUCAUGCUGGUGCCUUGUUUGGUUUAAGUCUCUUAGUUUCAGCUGUAGUUUCAUUGUUUCAAAUACCAAUGUUUGCUUUGAUGGAGGGACCGUAUGGCGGUGAUCCAACUUGGGUGAAUGUUGGUUUGUUGGUUGUUCAAAUGGUAGUGAUGGUUCAUCCAAUGUAUUUAUGGAUUUGCGCUGAAAAUGAAAAGAAGGGAAACAAUCAUAACACUAGUUUGACAAUAUCAAACCCUUUUGCAGACCCUGAUAACUUUAGUCAAGCUAAAACUAAACCUUGA